AUGAUGUUGAUUGGCCGGCGCGAGCUCGGACUUGUCGAGACACCAACCCGCCCACCAUUGCUCGACACGACGACGCGCAAUUGUCCACGCACCAGCCAUUGCCGCACAGCUACGGCAAUGCUACUCAAGAGCAGCCAUGCGCCGUCGACAUUGACACGUCGACUCGUUGCUGGUGGUCGACCCUUUGCAGCCGCCCGCCCGCACACACGACUCUCCACACUGCCGCUGCAGCCACAACAGCCACGGCAAUCACCCCUCCUCCAACCACGUUCAACAGCGCUGUAUGCGCCCUGUAUCCAACAACGGAAUUACAGCUCUGUCGAGACAAGUUCAUCAUCACCUGAGAGCAUAGCCGUUUUUGGUGGUGGCAUCGCAGGACUGUCCAGUGCAUACUUCAUCAGCAAGGAAUUCCCAGACGCCAAAAUCACCGUCUUCGAAGCAGGCAAAGAGAUUGGCGGAUGGAUCAAGACCAAACGGGUGGACUUGGGCAAUGGCCAGGAUGUCGUUUUCGAGCAGGGUCCUCGAACCCUACGCAACUCGACAGCCACCGCAUCGCUCAUUCAAGAACUCGGUCUCAUUGACCAAGUCACGUACACGACCAAAGAUCAGCCCGGCGCAAGGAAUCGUUACAUAUACUAUCCCGACUGCCUCAAUCGCCUUCCUACUGGAAUACCUUCUUUCAGCGAGGUCUUCUCGUUGUGGCGGACAGGUAUCAUGGCUGGUAUCUCGGGUCUACUCAAUGAUCCCAUGCUGGAGCCACGUCCUUCCAGUAUGACCGACGAAACGAUUGGCCACUUCAUUGCCCGCCGCUUCGAUAAGAGACUGGCAGACAAUCUGGUAUCUGCUGGCCUCCAUGGCAUCUAUGCUGGCGACGUGCAUCAACUUUCGGCGCGCACACUAUUUGGCGUACCUUGGGCGCUCGAGGCACGCUAUGGUAGUGCCAUUGCCGGGUUCAUGAAGAUGCAGAAUAGUGCACCUGAAACUAUGAGCAUUGUGCAUCCUACUGACUAUGAGGUGGCGCAAGCGCUGAAGGAGGAAAUUGACCUCGACGAGCAGUUUGCAAAGAAUCUGAACAAUGCAGCCAUGUUUACGUUCAAAGGUGGCUUGCAGAUGUUGGUGGAGAGUCUGAAGGAUGCGGUGACGAGCAAGGGGAAUGUCGAGAUUAGGACUGAAGCACCAAUUCAAGACUUUAAACCUGUCAAAGGGGGUAUGGGUGUACAAGUGACUUCUGGUCCCCCUGACUCCCAAACAACACAAAAUUUUGACCUCGCCAUCUCCACCCUCCGCGAUCCCGGCCUGACUCCCUACGUCACGGUCCAAACCGUAAAUCUCUACUUCGCCACACCCCCCGCCUCUCUCCUCCCUGUCCAAGGCUUCGGCUACCUAAUCCCGCAAUCCAUUCCCUUUGAGCAGAACCCAGAGCGCGCCCUCGGCGUCAUCUUCGACAGCUACGGCGUCUCAGGCCAGGACAGCGCCCCGGGCACCAAACUCACCGUCAUGAUGGGCGGCCACUGGUGGGACGGCUGGCCCGACUUCCCCACGGCAGAAGAAGGCGUGGAAAAUGCCCGCGCCCUGCUGCAACGCCACCUCGGCAUCACCGAAGAGCCCGUCACCCACAUUGCCAAUCUGUCAAGAGACUGCAUCCCCCAGUACACCCUCGGCUACGCCGACCGCCUGGCUGACCUCGCGCACACCCUAUCCCAGGAAUUCAAGGGCAAGCUCAGACUCGUGGGCAACCAGGUCAAUGGCGUCGGCGUCAAUGAUUGUAUCACGGGCGCUUGGAACGUGGCGAGGGGGCUAAGGGGGACCGGCUGGCAGGGCAGGAGUUGUGGGCUGGAUCGGGCGGUGGAUACGAGGGAGUGGAAGGUUGUGCCCAAGAGCAGUGUGGUGUAUCGUGCUGGGCACAAGGGCGGUGCUGGGCAGGAGAAUGCUACUGGAGAGGUGGGAGCGGGGGGGAGAGGGGACGGUGGGGCGUAG